GAGGUUUCUGGCGUGCCCAGUCGCGCAAUUCUGCACAGCGAAUUGCAGCGCCUCAAACGACUGGGCUACCCGUGCCCCUUGAUAAUAGACAAGCACAUAUUUGCAUAUGCAGAGGAUUUGCAUUAGAUUAUUGAGUGAAACCAGCUAACUUCCACUACUAUGCACUAGGAUGAAACUGUGGUUGGUCCUGCGUGUGUGUUGGAGCCGGGCGAGGGUCCUCGGGAUCAUCAUCCUCAUCUGCGUCGGAUUCUGCACGAUUUACUUCUCCCCAAAUCACCAGUUUGAACGUGGGAGGAUGCACGCUCGGUCCACAUUCAACGGCGAUCAAGGGAGUGCCACACAGGAACAGGACCCCAGACCUAACCAGAAGCCAACCCUCACUCAGUCUGAUUGCCAAAAUGAUAGAAAAAUGGCCAAAGAUGGAUGGAUACAUCUAUUGCUCCGAACUCAUAAUACAUCAGAGAGACUGUAUCAACCACAUCGGGUGGCAGAAGGCACACUUGGGUUAUCAAAGCUCGACGCCGUACCAACUGGACAUGAACAGAGACAGGAAUUCCAAAAACGCCUGGACACCCUACAGUCUGAGUGCAGUUCUACUUAUAACGAACAGGGACACGUGGACAGUGUGUACAUACAAGACAAUUCAAGACUUGCUUACUGCUCUGUUGCCAAAAUUGGGUGUACUUUCUGGAAAAGAGUAUUUUUAUUCCUGAACAAUGACACAGGAUCUCACAAUGUGACAAGCCCAUUCGGCAUACCUAGGAUGUUCGUUCAUUACGGUAAAAAACUACACACUUCCAUAGUACAUGAGAUGGGUGCCAAAUAUGACAAUUACACUCGUUUUUUAUUCUCAAGAGACCCGUUCAGUCGCCUGUGGUCGGCGUAUCUGGACAAAUACUAUCUUCCAGAUUUCUGGGUGAGAAAGGAUAUCAUGAGUACGUUAGCUGCGAGACGAGAUUCCGUAUCAGAGGAAGCCUCUAGAUGCCACAAUGACGUCACCUUUCAGGAAUUUUUAGAAUAUGUUGUCUCCAACCAUCCACGAGAAAUGAAUGGGCACUGGCAACCAAUAAAGCACAGGUGUGACCCGUGUCAGUUCAAGCCAAACAUCCUUGGGAAACAGGAAACAUUUACUGAUGAUGCGACCUUUAUUUUACAGGGAGUUGGACAAGGCUGGAUGAUAGAGUCAUUUGACUACGACGCUUAUGUAAGAGAAGAGUUGAGUAUGCUCAUUGACUAUAAUUUCAGUUUGAUAAAACGCAUGUUUUAUCAACGCUGUAUAAACGAUACUGGCCUUAUGCACUUACUAUGGCGCGUUUUUCAGCUUAACGGGUAUUUACCUAACUACACUGAUGCUGGGGCUGUAGUUCAGAAGCUCCGUGUAGCGACGUCGUACAAGCAGGCAUUUGAGGAAUAUGUUCUGAACACCUACUCAUCAGCGCCAAGGGCAGAAAAAAGGAAGUGGAAAGCUCAGAGACAAGACGCCAUUAAAGCUGCCUACAGAACAAUACCACAGGCAAUUCUAGAUUCUAUCAGAUUUUAUUACAGAGAUGAUUUUAGAUUAUUUGGCUAUGAUGGCAUCCCUCCUGGACAAACACCAUUCAGCACAGAUACUCGACAGUAGCUCCAAGUGACUCAUGUGUUUAUCUGUCUUGUAAUUCUCAAGUUAUUGAACAACAAAGACAUAUGCAUGGUUCAUUUACGCCUAUUGUAUGACAUUGUGGGACUACCUAUACUACAGUUGAUAUCUCCUAUUAUUAUAUUUCUAUGCCCAAAACGUAGGGUAUAGUGGGAAUCAUGCAUUAAUCUUCUGAUCUAUAUUUAUAUGGUAUUGGCAAAUGAAAAUGAUCUGAUCUGAUCUGAUCAUAUCAGCUGGGGAGUAAGCGAUCACAUCUAAUGGUUGGUGUGGUGGGAUGGUGGCGCACUAGGUCGUUAAAGAGGUCGGGGUCAAAUUCGAAAAUUGUAUUUUGCAAUCAACGUCGCUAAUACCGGGUAAACGACCUCUGUUAGCCAGAGAUGCACGACUUCUUCGAGGCAUUCUUCUGAUGAGUCGACGAAUGUCAGCUAGAUGCAUGAUGUUCUACUCAUCAGUGAGAGCAACACAGAGUCCAUUGAGUAUCAUGUUCAAGUGUAGGCACAGUGAGAGGGUGACACCAAAAACUGCACCAGCAACUCAGGGAUUAGCGGUAGUAACAGUGUCACUGUGCUGCUCCUAAAAUAUGAUUUUGAUACUUGUCACUACACAGAGCUACUGGCUGUUCCAUAAUUUUUUCCCAAUAGAUUCAAAGGCACGGUGGCCCAGUCGUCUAAGGUGCCGCAAUUAGCUGUGCAGGGUUGCGUCCAAUGGACAUGCCAGAAACCUAUGAUCAUGGGAUCGAAUC